AUGAACAAUCCAGAUUGGAAAAGUUUAUCUAACGAAUUGAGACGUAGGGCUCAACAAGCAGGUGGUAGUAAGAGACCAAAGACACCUUUCGGAAUCUUUGGUGGAAUUGGCGGAGUUCUUCUUUUAGGAGGAGUUGUGCUCUUUGCAGAAAAUGCACUUUUCAACGUUGAGGGUGGUCAACGUGGUAUUUUGUAUUCAAGACUUAAUGGUGUUCAACAAAAGAUCUACCCUGAAGGUACUCAUUUUGUCAUCCCUUGGUUUCAAAGACCAAUUAUCUACGAUGUUCGUGCUAAACCAAAGGAAAUUGCCUCUUUAACGGGAACCAAGGAUUUACAAAUGGUGAAUAUCACAUGCAGAGUGUUGUACAAACCUGAAGUGUUGAAACUUCCUAAAAUAUUUGUUUCUUUGGGUUUGAACUAUGAAGAGAAAGUGUUGCCAUCCAUUGUCAAUGAAGUGUUGAAAUCAGUUGUCGCUCAGUUCAACGCUGCACAAUUAAUCACACAGAGAGAAAAAGUUUCAAGAUUGGUACGCGAGAAUUUGGUUCGCCGUGCUGCCAAGUUUGAUAUCGCCUUGGACGAUGUUUCAUUGACUUACAUGACAUUCUCUCCAGAAUUUAGUGCUGCCGUCGAAGCAAAACAAAUUGCACAGCAAGACGCCCAGAGAGCAGCGUUUAUUGUUGACAAAGCAAUCCAAGAGAAGCAGCAGUUGGUUGUAAAGGCUCAAGGUGAGGCCAAGUCGGCUGAGUUGAUUGGUGAAGCAAUUAAAAAAUCUAGAGAUUAUGUUGAAUUGAAGAGAUUGGAUACAGCUAGGGAAAUUGCAAACAUAUUAUCCGCCUCGCCAAAUAGAAUAUUAUUGGACAAUGACACAUUAUUGUUGAAUACAGUUGUUGACAGUCGAAACAAUCGUAAAUAG